AUGGUUUUUCGGUUUUUGCUGCGUUAUUUGGCUAAUAAUGAACAGUUAAUUCAGCGCAUGGCAGAAAGUUAUCCAAUGCGGCGCGCUGCUCAAAUGGUUGUAUCCAUUAUGUAUCGUAGCAAGAAUAUGGCUCAGGAGCGCGGCAUACAUGACAUGACGCCCGAACGUUUCAAGUCAUUUAUAUCAUUUUUUAAAGAUAAUAUUAAGAAAGAAAUAGAAGGGGUGAAAGACCAAAUGAAAAAGAAACCCUUCUAGAUUAAUAGAGUUGAAAAAUGUGCUUUGGCUUUUCUUUAAUAAUGUUACAAGUGAAGCACAGUAAAAAUAUAAAUGUUACUUAGCAUUGCAA